AUGAAAAAAUCAAGAACUCCCCCACCGUGUUUGAACCUGAAGAUGCAUCGAUUGCCAUUCAAGAAUCUACAUUUCAAAAAACGUUCUCCAUCUUCAGGGAUGAGGGACCAUAGGGCCUUCCCCCAGGGGGGUUUAGGAUUGAAACAAAGAUUGCUUACAAAAUUGAGGAUCGCAAAAGUGAGAAGGUCCUCGGGCACUAGUGUAAUGGCAUGGAAGUUCAAUGAUGAAACUGGUUUACUUGCAGUUGUAAUUGCUGUGGAUUCACGCUGCACUUACAAAGAAAUGAUGUUGAUGGAUUUGAAAACUUGUGUGGGCCAACACUGUGAAGAUCUUUUAGGUUGGCUUCCUAUUCAAGUCAACCUUGGGGCGAUUGUAGGUGCUGCAGCAGCAGCUUAG